CAUUCUUUCAAAGACGAGUUGAGGGGACGUUUAGACUGACGUUAGAGAAAGUUCCAUUGGAAGAUUGGAAGUCUGUAUGUGCUGAUGUUUCAGGGACUGUUGAUAACCUAUCUGCUGGAGAUCCUACAGUUACCGACAGUAUCUCACAGGUAUUGUUAACAUGAUGUCUGAAUCGUUUCUCCAGCAGUUGUUCUGCCUAAUGGUUAUGGUAUCAGCUGAAAAUCGCCAAGAGUUGUAUUCUGUUGUACGUGGAUAUCGUUUAACCAAUCCACCUAUGUUGACCGUGCACUACACCCCUGACAAAUGGUCCGCAGCAUGGUGCCUCCAGCAGUGUCUGGCGUCAUCGUGCGCAAGUGCUUCGUUCAGUCAGACUGAGGGUACUUGCGAACUCCACAGCCUGAAGUUAUACGGUGGUAACGCAACAUUUGAGGAAAGCGACGAUUGGGUUUACAUGGAGCCCAGCUCAGAUGUGUUGACCUGGGACGGCUGGACAGUGGUGUUUCGGGGCCAGAAAGACACAGGGACGUCCAUCUACUCAGCAUGGUUGAACGACAACCUCUAUCACGACCACCCUCUUCUACCACCUCGACUGAGACCUGGCUGUUUCUCACCUGACACAUCUCGUCCAUGUGAGGAUCAUUUCAGAAGCAAGAUUAUGUCUACAUGGGAAACAGCUGGUAUACAGCUGGUGAAAGUGUUACUGAUGAAGAACAGUCAAGUUCGGAAUGAAAUUAUCUUCGAUGGAACCGGCACAACCAAGAUGUCCUGGUUUACACCAACCAGGGUGAUCAAUUCAACAUGGACGGAUCUCACGACGUCAACCUUCAAUGUUUUCAGAAUCAGUGGAGAGCCCAACACACGCCGCUUCCAGGUGAGCCACUCAUACGCUUGGUGUCAUGGCGAUGUUUUAUGGAUGGUUGUCGUAGACGGAAAUGACCACAGUAACAUAUGUUUCUGGGAUAACCCGUCAGUCUUCCCCAAGCUGCUCUACACCAUCAUCAAUCAGAAGGCGCCCAUAGGGACGUUGACAGAGUUCGAGUACGGAGACAUCAUGGCGAUUCUUGUUAAACAGGGAAACUAAGGUCACGAAACGUCUUUCCCAACAGUUGCUUGGUUCUAGAUCUCUGGCCUCUACCUGGAUGAAGAAUGACAAGUCAACUGCUGAUUUACCACAAUGCCUUUACGCCUGGAUGCAGAAUUUCCUUUCCGACGCAAAUUUUAUAAGUUCUGAAAAGUGAACUUUGUGCGAAAAUUACGUGCACGCUGCCCUGGAUCUCCCCAAGACUGCAAAAUUAGUUUAAAUUACACAGAAAUGUAUAAUAUGAAAUUUCUUAACGGAUGGUAUUAAUUCAAGUGCAACUAAUUGGGCAGUUUUAAAAAAAGGCACCGUUAAGUGUUGUGCGAAGUUUUGUUAACCGUUAAAAACUAGUUGUAAAUUUCUCCGUUUUUUAUCAUAUACAGUCAACUCCCGUUAAUCCGACACUUGUGGUUGCAGAUUAACAUUUCGGAUUAACGAGAAUGUCGGAUUAAUGUAUUUGUGUGAAUAUAUCAAUGUUUUCAAUGACAUGAACGUCAUACUGUUGCAAAGUAAUAUAGUCAGCUUUACGUAUAAUUGUACAUGGCAAAAUGUAGAUAAUGAAGUUAGUUUUCUGAAAAUAUGCCUGAAAGAUAUCGUAACGUAAAAUGUAUAUAACAAACUGUAAGCGACAGGAUCGGAUUAUUGUGUUUACUCACA